UCUUAUUUUCGAUGCAAAUUAUUGACGUCUUGACUGUCAUUUAGUAUAAUUUAAAAAGGCGGAGAUGACAGGGGUUAAAAGUGGCCAAAAGUUUAUUGACACCAUUGAUGUCAAUAGUCCAGAGUAUGUUAGGGAACAAUACAGACCCGUUGAAGUUAAGCAGGAUGUCCGCCAGAUGGCUGAAAGGAAGAGAGUGAAUGAGAUUUUAAAAAGCAGACAGUUUCGAGAUGAGUUAGAGGAUGUUGUAGUUGAGAAAUCAAAAUGUUCCAGUCCCAGCAAAGCCUCUAUUAUUGCAUUACAACAGGCCUCUGAGCUUUUAUUGCCACAAGCCAGAUUGCAACAUGGAGCAGUUUUUGGAAGAAUUGAAACUCCAAUUAUUCCAAUAAAUGACCUCGCCGAGGAUGCAACAACAGUUAACCUGGAGAAGGGUGAGAGGCUGUUGAGAUGCAAGCUGACCUGCUGCUAUCGACUGAUUGAUCAGUACCACUGGUCACAAUCUCCUCAUCCAACAUACAUUUCGGCUAAAGUAAAUGAGAAUGAUUUUCUGAUUUCACCUGGAGCUGUGCCAGCUGGUAUCCUGUCAGCAAAGCAGUUGAUCAAACUGAAUCAGGAAGGACAUUCCAUUUCUGGAUCUUCAGGGGUGGACAGCAUUACAUCUACUCUCCACGCUGCUGCAUACCUUGCUGAAGAACGUGUCAAAUCAGUUUUGCUCCUCAGAUCAAAUACUGCUGUUAUGAUGGGCUCGUUGGACACAGGGCUCCUUCCCUUGAGUCACGAUGCCAUCAUUCUCGGUAAGGUGCCAACAGUUACCUUGAAUGACCAGCAGGAGGUCACUGAACAGCUUGCUGAUGUCUUCAAGGUUGCCAACAAGGCUGUACUUUUGAAAGGGAUUGGAGCAUUGGUAUUUGGUGAAUCCAUUGAAGAAGUUUUCAUGGAUGGUAAGAAGUUGAUGGCAACCAUUGAUGUCCAGUUACGCACAGCUCCCUUGGGUCUGGAUAACUUGGUUCUUCCAUCCGAAGAGGUUCAAAAGAAGAUCGUCCAGUUAGCUCUGAAAAAGCAGAGGAAAAAUGAAAUUGAGUUUGAAGCUCUCAUGCGGCAUCUUGAGAAUGCUGGUCACAAAACUGGCUAUCCAUUUAGAGAGAUAUUGUUUCGCAAGGUGGAGAACAAGGCAAACAAAGUGAACUCGGAAGUUGAGCUGCCUCCAACAUCUGUUUCUAUUGGUUAUCUCGAGGAAGAUGAUGAUAGGCCGAGACAAUGCAGACCUUCUGGUAAAUUUACGGAGUGGUUGAACUCUCCAAUGGCUUACUUGAAAGAAGAAGUUGAGGUGCCCACAUGUACACCACAAAACAAAAAAAUUACAAGGUGGGUGCCAGAUAGCUCUCCUGCUGGUACACUCAUAAAAAUUGACAACCCAAACCAGUUUGUUCCCGUUGGUACUGAUCCUAAUGAGGUCAAGGCUAAGGUCAAACAAAUAAGACGUGAAUAUUAUGAUGAAAAUAUCACAUCCGGCCCCCAAUCAAAGAUAUUAACUGGACUGACUUGGGAGGAGGCGCAAAAAAUCAAGUCGGGAAAUGUAUCGUCGGACACGGUGAUAACAGUUGGCGCGGCAUCAAGAGGAAUUAUACAGAAGGGCCAUCAGAACCAGGGUUCUCUCUACAGGACCUACUACGCACCGAACCCGUUCGACAGCAUGACUGAGGAGGAGGUGCAGGCAUACAAACUUGAAGUUGAUAAAAAAUCAGGCAAGAGUUCAACCGGAGUGACAACAGAGUCAUCAAUGGUUCAAUAUGACGAUGAUGAGGACAACAUAGUCCCUGGACCAGAUGGUCAGCUGAUAUCAACUGAUGAACGAUUACAACAAAUUAAACAGCAUCAGCAGCAUCCUCCACCAGUUGACACACCACAAGUUGUUCCCACUGCUACCACCACUACCGCUGCUGCUGCUGCUGUUCCAACUGCCCCUGUUCAUGUUAAUGGAGAAACAAUAGAAAAACCUCUGAAGUCUCCAACCUCUCCUACGAAAUCAACAUCAAGUGGAGAUGCCACAGCUCCUGAGGUGCUAAGUGGAAAUGAUGACAAGGGAGAAUCAGAUUCAGGUGCGGACAAGAAGAAGAAGAAGAAAGGUUUCCGAAUGCCCUCCUUCUCAUCGAAGAAAAAGGAUAAGAAAGAUAAAUAACUAAUAAAGGCGCAAGUAGUUGAAAUAAGUUGAAAUCUAUUGAAAUGUCCCCAGUGGUGGACGGUAUUUGAUAGGUCCAGAGGAGUCCGUCAGAUGUGAAAUGAAAAUUUAUAUGUGUAUGAAUUAACAUUAUGUUAAUUAAAACAAUUCUUUUCACUUAUACAUGUCCAUUGUCUGCUUAAAAUGAAACUUUUGAACAAACACUUCCAUCUAUUUUCUACUUUACGAUAAUGAUGUUAUUGCUUACUAUUUUCAUUAUGCUAUCAAGAUUUUAAUGUUUCCAUUAUUGCAUAUUUUGCUGACUGUUUUAAUUUUUCAAUGUUUCAAUCAGCUAUCGCAUUAUGUGAAAUUCAACGUUCAUUAUAUUAUCGGUAUGUAGAUGCUUAUUCGUGGUUAGUGGAAUGCAGUGCUAACUAAUCGAGGCUAACCAAUAAAUGAAAAAUUUAUAUGAUUUUAGACUAAUGUAAAUUGUAACUUUAGAAUUGUAGUUAUGUAAUCAGAUUUAUAUUUUGUUUGCUCUGCUCUGCUCAUUCGUUCUGUUGUCGUCUUGAAAUUGCUUCUUUGUUUAAUUACACUUAAUUUUUUGCAAUUUUUUAUCAACCCACAAUUAUCUCCCAUAUUAUUUUAUUGUACGUAUUCACGUUGUUUGUCUUGUUUUUUUUUUAUUCGCCGGCUUUUAAAGAAAACUUUUAGGCACUUGCUUCAAUCCGUUUAUUUCAACUUUCAAAGCAUUCUUCAAACCAUGUUCACUUAAAAUCAUUCAUUAACCAGAUUUAUUAAAUUAUGUAAAUAAAUGCACACAAAAACCGUUU